AUGGGCCGGCUGAGGCACCGCAACUUGGUGCAGCUCCUUGGUUAUUGUCGGCGUGAAGGGGAACUCCUAUUGGUAUAUGAAUACAUGCCCAAUGGCAGUCUCGAUAAGUUCCUCUUCCAUGGAGAGCAGCCAGCAUUGACCUGGAGUCAGAGGUUUCAAAUUAUCAAAGAUGUGUCCUCCGGGCUCCACUAUCUGCAUGAAGGGUGGGAGCAGGUGGUGAUCCACAGAGACAUCAAGGCCAGUAAUGUCCUACUUGAUAGAGAAUUUAAUGGGAAGUUGGGAGACUUCGGACUAGCAAGAUUAUACAGUCGUGGGGCUAAUCCUCAGACCACCCAUAUUGUCGGGACACUCGGUUAUCUUGCCCCAGAGAUCAGUAUGACUGGAAAGGCGACAACAAGCUCUGAUGUGUAUGCCUUCGGUGCUUUCCUAUUGGAGGUUGCUUGUGGGAGGAGGCCUAUAGAGUCCGAUCCAUCGAUCGAGGUGCCAGGCCUGGUGGAGUGGGUCCUAGGAUGCUGGAAGAUGGGGACGACUCUGGAGGCCAGGGAUCCAAAAUUGGGAAAUGAUUAUGUGGUGAAGGAGAUGGAGUUGAUACUGAAGCUUGGCUUGCUCUGCUCACACCGUCCUACGGCUAGACCAAGCAUGAGACAAGUUGUGCAGUCCUUGGAAGGUGAUGCUCCCCUGCCUCCUUUCCCGGUAGAUGCUCUGAUCCCUGGCACUUCAACUCAGAUAUAUGAUGAAUGCUUCGACGAUUUUGUCAUUUCAUAUCCAUCUAUACAUGAUCACACAAGCACAACAUAUUCAUCACCAUUUGUUAGUGGUGGUCGUCAAUCGUACAGUAGAUCUUGCUGUGUAACAGUGUAACCAUCU